GUCCACGCUUCUCUUUCAAUGACCGACACGGACCGCCUUUGUGCUGCUGCUGCUGCCUCCACGUGUGACUUGGCGGAUGCGAUUGGAGGCUCAAACUUCUGUCCGAAAUGACACGGUGGGGCUGGUGACGGCGUGAGCGCGGCACCGAGUGGCGGAGCGAUGGACAGCUACGAGAGCUCUGACGAGAGAGGCAACAGCAGCAGCAGCUCGGAGGAGAGUGAAGAUGAGGUGGUGCAGACUCCCCCGGCCAGCCUCCCCGUCAUCAAGACCAAUGGGCAGGUGUAUACCUAUCCUGAUGGCAAGUCGGGCAUGGCUACCUGUGAAAUGUGUGGCAUGGUCGGUGUGAGGGACGCGUUCUACUCCAAAACAAAGCGGUUCUGCAGCGUGUCCUGCUCGCGUAGUUAUUCCUCCAACUCGAAGAAGGCCAGCGUCCUCGCCCGCCUACAGGGUAAAUCGCCAUCGAAAAAAGCCAAACUGCUGCCAAAACCGAUGGCACCCAAGCUAACGCAAAGCAGCAUGCUACAGGCUACGUUGCAGAGUCAGGCCAAGCGCAAAUCAAUAAAAACGUCGUCGGAUGGCUUUGAAUGGGGGCGCUACAUCUGGAAGAACAGUCUGACCGCAGCGUCCGUCGGCUGCUUCAAGCACGCUCCCAUGGCGGAUCAUUGGGGGGACAUCACGGAGGGCAUGAGGGUGGAAGUGGUGAACACUGACUGCGUGGUGUCCAGCAAGGUGUUCUGGAUCGCGUGGGUCAUCAAGCUGGCAGGUUACAAGGGUCUGCUCAGAUACGAGGGUUACGAGAGCGAUUCCAGCCGGGACUUCUGGUGCAACCUCUGCACGCCGGAUGUGCACCCCAUCGGCUGGUGCGCAACCAUCGGCAAGCCGCUUGUCCCGCCGCAGACGAUCAUGCACAGGUGCUCCAACUGGAAAGCGUUCCUCGUUAAGAAAUUGACGGGCUCCAAGACUCUGCCGCCAGACUUCCAAGCUAAGGUGCAGGAGAGUCUGAGCUUUCCCUUCAAGCGCGGCAUGCGUCUGGAGGUGGUGGACAAGGCGCAGAUCUCCCGGACACGCGUCGCUCUCGUGGACAGUGUGAUCGGCGGCCGGCUGCGCCUCACGUACAGGGACGGCGCCGGCACCGUGGCGACAGGCACGGCGGGGGGCGGCGCCGGGAGCGUGGCUGGUGGCGAUGAGGACGACUUCUGGUGCCACAUGCGCAGCCCGCUCAUCCACCCCAUCGGCUGGUCGCGGGCCGUUGGGCACCAGCACAAGAGCCCUGAAGGAGCCAAGAAACACGAUGGGAGUUCAGAUGCAGGGUCCUACUUGUUCCCCACUGUGAAAGAGAUGCCCCAGAAGCAGGAGUGCUUUCGGGAAGGAAUGAAGCUGGAAGCCAUCGACCCGCUAAACCUGUCCUCCAUCUGCGUGGCUACCGUUCGAAAGGUGCUGGGUGACAGCUUUCUGAUGAUCGGCAUCGAUGGCUCCGAGGCGGCUGACGGCACGGAUUGGUUCUGCUACCACUCCAUGUCGCCGUCCAUCUUCCCCGUUGGAUUCUGCGAGAUCAACCAGAUCGAGCUGGCGUCACCUCGUGGUUACAACAGGACACCGUUCAAUUGGUUUGAGUACCUGCGGGAAACCAGCUCUCCUGCUGCUCCAGUCAGCCUCUUCAACAAGGAAAUCCCAAACCACGGCUUCCGUGUGGGCAUGAAGCUGGAGGCGGUGGACCUGAUGGAGCCGCGGCUCAUCUGCGUGGCGACAGUCGUGCGCAUCGUCAACCGGUUGCUGCGCAUCCACUUUGACGGCUGGGAGGACGAGUACGACCAGUGGGUGGACUGCCAGUCCCCGGACCUCUUCCCUGUCGGCUGGUGUGAGCUCACGGGCUACCAGCUGCAGCCGCCCCUCUCCUCCGUGCCCGCUUCGCCCCACCCCGCUGGCGCAAAGCAAAAGAAAAAAACGAAAUCUGGCUACAAAGGACACAAGAAAAAGAGGAAAAUGGCGCUGGGUCGACGGCCCGUAGCCCUGGGGGGCCCGCAGCAGUCGCCAGGUUUGGUGUUGCGGUACCCGGCGGCCGGGGGCGGUGUCCGUGACGACGAGAGCACUGCAGCGCCGCCCCCGUGCAGGACGUUCCCGGCCACACAGGCGGUUGCGUCAGGGCGCGACGGCCUCGCCCUGGGCAGCGUGGACUGCCGAGCCGAGCGCAGGCCGGAGGGGCACGUGAUGGCAGUCAAGGAGGAGCCCAUGGACGCAGACCCCCCGUGCGGCGCGAGCGCAGCCUCCUCUUCCUCCAGCCUCGCGCUCUUCAGCACCAAGCAGGAGCCCUGAGCCCCCCCCCCCCCCUCUCGCCCCAAAUGGCGUGCGUCGCCACGUCGGCGAGACGGCACGGCAGCCGUCCCUCGCCCUGCCGCCCUGUGCCGCACGACGGCGCGCAAGGUUUUCGUUGGCACCUACGCGCCAGUGGUGGGCAUGUGGUGGGCACGUGGUGGGCACAUGGUGGCCGGUCGGUUUCUCCGUGGAGUUUUGACGCCGUGCCCGUUGCUCCACGGCAUUUGUCGGCGAUAUUCGUUGGAGCGAGACUGACGCCAGUUCUUUUUAGUGCUCAAAAGUGCCUGCGACUAUUCAAGGUGUGGAUUUCCAAUAUAGUGGCGUGCGAUUUUAGUGGUUGGGAGGCUCCCUUGGGUGAGCGUGAAGGGGCGAGUUUGCUUUUCUUAGUUUCUCCGCGGGGCACCUCCCCAGAAGAAAAGUCAAGUGCUCCUAAAUUAACUUUUGACGGUGUCCCCAAUUUGUGGCUUUGAAAUUGGGGGGUACAUUACGUUGCUGUGCCAGUAUGCUGAACCGUUUUGCCACGGGGGGGGGGGGGGGAAUUCUCGGCUGUUGUGGAAACGAUGAACUGCAAUCGAAGAGUUGCUUCACGACAAACAAACUGAAUGCGAGUUGCAGGUUCCACCAAGCCGGUCUUAUUCAGGCCUCGUGGCCAAUGCUAUGGGACGAAGACAAGUCGGCCAACAGGACCGUGCUGCGUACAUACUUCCCGUCUCUGCUGCAAUGCCCCUUGAAGGGCUCGAGGUGGGGGCAGGGGGGGAAGGGGGUUCAACGUUGGUGGCCGUUUGGUCGCAUUGUGUUUUUGAUUCAAGGGCGAGCGUUGACACUGGCGGUGCCGUUUUUCACGUGGACAUAUUUACAAACUGGAAAACAAACUCUUCUUUUGUUUAAAGCUGCAAGAGCUCGAGACCCACACGAUGAACUUGGAACUCUUGUAUAGACCCAUAUCCGUUGCAUCUAUUACAUUUAAAACAUUGGUCUACUUGUGUUUGGGACUUGGAACAAAAAUGACAGCCCAGACAUGGAGUAGGCAAUAAUGUGUAAUACCUUUUUUUGAAUUAAAUGUUUUUUAUGGUCUUGUGAAAUUCACCAUUUUUUUAUUUAUGUUUUUUUUGGUGACAUCGAAUCAUCCCAUUUAAAAUGUCUCCCUAAUAACUGUACAGAAUCGCGUACAUUUUUGCUACAAUAAAAAUGGCAUUUGGCUGUUAAGUUUAUAUCUCCUAGAGGAAGUAGAAUUUCUAAAUCUGAUUCCUAUGGUGCUUAUCCAGUACCGCCUUUUGUAGAAAACGGAGUGUAAAAUCUGAAAUAAGUCGAGUAUUUUUUCACAAUUGUUCUUGUACAAAUGGGGCCAAUGGCUUGAAAUACUUUAACAACAUUUGGGAAGACGGAAGAGAACACUUGGUCUGUUAAGAAAAAACAGUAGAUUAUUUUCUGUAGGGUUUUUGUAAGUUCUUGUGUUUUUGAUGAAUGUUUAGGGUUUGCUGUAAACGUGCACACGGUCUUUCAAAAAUGAGGGGCGUUUAAAUGUUAAAGAUUGUUCGGGGGGUCUCUUUUAAUGUUUUGCAUUGGAAACGAAAUAGUAUCUCACCACCAGCAUGAAGACUCUGGGCGGGCGAUUUAAUUUUGUUCUGCCGAAUGUAGCGACGCACUGCCGUAAUCCAGAAUUAAACUGCUGUGCAAGGCGCAGAUUGUCGGUCAAAGAAAGCCGUUUAAAAGCUGAGCAUGGCUUUUGCAGUGUUUUUGGAUUCGUUUAUGGCCGGGACAUCCGUUGCACGUACAAGUUUGACUGCUUAUUGCUUGAAGAGCACACGUGUAAUUGCCCUGGUUUUUUGAAAAGCCGUGUCGUAUCUCUAGUUUCAACUGAUUUUUGGUUUUCAUUGUUUGAGUGCCCUUUGAAGCGGUGGCGACGCCGAGUCCUUGGGAGAGGUCAAAUAGCAGGCAGAAUGUUGUACCUGAAGUGCACGGCACUGAAUGAUACCAGUUUGUAUUCAAGUGUUUCCUUUCACAGCGGUGAUUGGGGCAUCCAUCCUGUGGUAAAACAUUUUGGUUUAACAGCAGAGGUAGUAUCCCAUCGGCGGGCACGACAAUCCAUGUUGUUGGCUCUGCUCGGAUUCAAAUUAAGUGACCAGUGAAUGGGUGUUCUGAAGUUGGCUCUCAAUCAAAAUCUGCAAAAGGCUGGACCCAUUGGCCACUAGGUGGUAAAGAGCUUCUAUAUCCAUGCCAAUAAUCGUACCUGAUUAUGUACGCAAGUAUCUUGAACUUCUUUUGCACCGUACGUAGCCAACCGUGCUAAUCGUGUUUUGCAUCUCAAUGGCAAUAUAUAUAUUUCCAACGUUAUUCAUGAGUAUGUGAUUGUGCAAAUGCAAUUCUUCGAUAACAGGUGGUGAGGUUAAAACGGUCAGCCUCGCAUGAUUAGUGAUAGCUCUGAUUUGAGAACACCUGUUGAGCGUUUUGCAGAAUGUAAUGUAUCUGUGAAUCCACAGACAUGCAAUGUAAUUUGGAUUUAUAAAGUGUCUGAAUGUGACUGCAUCUCAAGGAACUUUAAGAAAUGAGGUAGCCUGAAAUUCUGAGCAGAUUUUGAAGUACAAAAACAGGUUAAAGUUGCUUGCUGUGGCAAUAGAUUUCAGUGGAAGUGCCAUUUUAAUUUCUCAAUUUAUGAUUCCCUAAACCAGCCCUUGCUGGCUGGCGUAGUGAAAUAUGGUCGAACAAACCCCAUUGACCUCUACAGGUGUCGGGAGGCCUUCAUCCAGCAGUGGAUUGACCGGGCCUUGUAAAAUGGAUCAUUUUUAUUGAGUUCGCAUUGGGGGUGAUUUGCAGACAUGAGCGUGGCCUGGUGAAGCUCACAAAGGUAGAAAGAAGACCUGCCGAUGGUGACCAGAGGAUGAGAUUUUAGUAAGGACUGGCGAUCCGCAUGGAGUUGCUGUACAGCAGUGCAUUGCACAGCAUUACAACUAAUAUGUGCAAGACAUUCAUCCUCAGGAAAUAAGUCUAAAGUUUCAAAUGUAGAUCACACUACAUUUUUAGUUUUUUUUCUGGCCGGUUGGCUUAAAGUGGCACGCACCAAAUUUCUUCAAAUGUCAAAUAUGAAAUUGUGAAACUUUCCAAUUGUGCGUGCGUCUUUGUCCAUCGGGGAAUCUGGACGGUAUCGUCGCACUUCGCCACUGGCCCUCGCGAGGUUUGCCAAAGCCCCCUCCCUUGCCCCCCCCCCCCCAUCCUAUUCCACAAACGAGGGCAGGCAGGAGACUGGGGGAGAGACACGGGGUGAGAGAGACACGGUGAGAGAGAUAUGGAUGUCGCGGGGUUCGUGCUCGGGUCGGCAUGGCAAGGAAUUUGAAACGGCCGAAUGAAAAUCUUUCGACGAAAACAACCUUAUUGCGACACGUUUAACCGUUCGCUCCUUUUCCAAGUUGAAGUACGCACUCAUUUUCUGCGGAACUAUUCCUUAUUUUUGUAUUGUAACAACUUGCAGAGAAAUGCGUAGGAAGGGACAUUGAACGAGAUUUUUUUCUGAAAACUUUUUAUUUUAUCCUAUUUUUUUUCUUCGUGAGUUUAUUAUUGACCCGAAUUGUGAACGGCAGGAAAGCAUUACCUUGUACAGAAAUACAACACGCAACUACACUGUCGUGAAUUCCAUCCAGUCUUAUCCUAUAGGACUGUAUAAUUUUUCAAACAUACCAAAUACAAAGUAAAUAACAAUUAUUGUAACAAUACUUAAUAAUCCUUGACAUGUCAUACUUAUUAAUACAUUUAACGUUGUACAUAACUGUGUCUUUACAGCAUUGAACACAAUUAGUGUUUAUUUUUGUACAUUUAAUAUCGCAGAGAUGAUAAAAAAAAUAACAAAGAAAACUAAAAAAAACUAAAAUAGCUGAAUGAUAUGUUAGACCUUGCGUGAAGAGAUCUUUGAUCCAUUACCAGGUUUAGAUUUCGUAUUUAAAUCUCUCACCGUUGGCAGCUAUUUGAGGUCGUUGGUGGCUCACCUGCUGUAGUUCAGGUGGACUAAUGUAACUGUGAAUAUCCUCAUUUGUUUUUCACACUUUGGAGUAUUGUGAUGAUGAUAAUGUCAUGAUUGAUAUACUUUCUGCUUUGAAUUAACGUGAAGACAAAGUGGGUGGUAUUAAUAUUUCAAUAUUUUUGGUUUUGUCGGCUCCCAUGGUUGUGUUCAAGUGCUGGCUGAUUUUGUGGAUAAAAUAUUUUCUGCGUAUCUCUCGUUUCGUUGAACGGUGAAGGGUUGUCGCCGCUUGCCAGCUACAUCCAUCGCAAAAUCUCCACGGUCCGCGUGUGCUUUGAGUCCUCCGACCUUGGAAGAAUAAUUCUGUUUAUAAUUGUUUUUUUGUUGUCAAUUGUUUGCAUGAUGGUCUCGGUUAAAGGGCUUUCCAACCGACAAUGCCGUGCGUCGAUAAACUUGCUUGCACCUCGCGCCAUCCGAUACAGCGAUGUUUAGUUUUUGUUCACCUUUACCUGACUCCACGUGGGUGCAGAUGUCAUGGCUGCCCGGUUGGGGACGCUUCGUCGUAGCGAAUGGAUUUUGAGAGUCUACUUUCUUUUUUUAUAGCAAAGUUAAUGUUGCAAGCAAGACAAAAAACCGAGGUAAAUGGGCAAAACGUUCUGCCUCGCCUACGUUGAAUGGUUGGAAGGCUCUGAUGUGAAUACUGCACCGCGGUGUGUGGCCACUGCUACACAAUCACGUGGAGUUAAUGCGCAUCGACGCUCCUGUCGGCCACGUGGUUUACUCGUUCAUUAUUUGGAGUGGAAUGAGCUGAAUUGUGUUCGGCCGAUGAUUGCAUGUGAACACACUGCAUAGCUAGACGAUCUUUAUUUUUGGGUGAAUUCCAGCGUUUCUUCAUUCGCAGGUUAAUGAGAGGUAAUUGAUGCCAUUUCCGUGAAGACACGUAUCUUUUGUUUGUCUUCUCGAAAAAGUUUCGUUUUGAAAUUACAUUGACGACUUCAGACCAAGCAGUGUGGCUGUAAGGGGUGAUUGCAGGGCAAGUGACACCUGUACAGAAGGAGACAACGACGAGACGAAUGCAACCAAGGCUUGGUCAUUAACAGACUUUUUAAACGUGCCGUGCAUUUGAAGGCAGGGGUCGAUGUAAUUGGCUCUGGAAUUCCUCGAUCACGAAAUGCCCCCGCUCUCCAAAAAAAAAAACUUUUACACCGUUUACCAUGCAGUUGUGACGGUUCACAGAGUAACUGUUUAAGAUUUAAAUUAAUAAUUUUGUGAUGCUGCGUUGGUGCAUGAGCACCAAAAAAAACCUCGACACGCUCAAUAACGUUGCCUUAAAAAGCAAGGUACAUAAUUUACAUUAUUAGUCAUCGGUAUUAUAAUACAUUUCCUAUUUGAUGCAGUGUUAUUGACGCAAGCGCUGAGUUUUUAUUUCAAUGUGUCUUUUAACAUCUACACACUUCAGCAUUUGAAAUGUAGGCUUUUGCGACCAAUAUCCAUACUGUAUAUGUUUUUUUGGGGUUAGAUUCUGUAAAUUUGUGGCGGUGGGUUUAACGACACAUUUAUAUUUACGCGAUCCAACCCCAAAAAAUGUUAUGGACUUAAGUAUUUCAUUGAUUUUUUUUAUCCUCCUGCUUACCUCUCCUGCAAACCAUGCUAACUGGGUUAUUUUAGACUUUCAGGGCCCACGUCGUUGCUUCAUAUCCUCGUGAAUGAGAUCUGAGAGGGUGCUGCUGUUGGUGAAUUGCCCAGCCUGUCCCUCUGCGUCGAACUCGGCCACCCGAGUUCGAUCCCCGUUCACGGCCAGCACCAGUGACGAUUGUCUGAAGCGCCUCCUGGGCCUCCCCUACGUCGACUAGGCCUCCAACGAGAGUACCUGGUGCGGUGUUUAAACGUCGCCACCUUGGGAGGCGGAGGCGGUCUGGCGUGGUGCUGGCCAUCCACCCCUCGUGCGCCGUGCCGGCCUUAAUAGGUGCUCGCUAACAGCACUUGCCCCAACAAUCUGUUGAGGCUCUAAGGGGGAUCUUUGUCUUGUCCUCUUGCGUUGAUCCAUUAAACCCGAUUACCUCGACACCAUUGCGCUGUUGGCUACCGGCUUGUGGUUGCUGCCAUCGACUGCCAAGAGAGGCCUGAUGUUGGUGCCCUGUGCCUGGCUCGUCUGGGAGUUGGGGGUAAGAACAUUGCAUUUGGCUGAGACACGUCCAGCAAAUCGCAUAAAUGAUCAAUUAUAUGUGAUUCCUUGAUGCUGUAUGGGAUCGCCUUCAACCGCGACAAGCACUCGUGCGCCACGAUGUGAAAGAAAAUGAAACUAACGUCGUUUUUAAUCCAUGUUUUGUUUAUUUGAGGACUUUGAAAUAACAAUGAAAUGCGCUGUUGUGUUUUAAAUCUCGUUUUAAAGUUUAUUUUCCCCCCACGGAAAUCAAAAAAAUUCAUUGCAAGUAGUGACGUCUCUAUUCUUUGGGUCUUUAGGUAAAGUCAUGUAGAUGGGUUCAAAAUAAUAAAAAAUAAAAAAACUACUAUGAUGACGAUCGCUUGUGUUGUGAUCGAAACGUAGUUUUUUUUAUAAAACCUAUCUACGUGAUUUUACCGAAAGACCCAAAGACGAUGAAUUCCUGCAGUCACGAAAGCUUUAAGUCAAGAUUUAGUGACGUUUUCUGUUUGAGAGCGCCCCCCCAUGUUCGUUGCUGCAUCACCCGUGGGCAAUUGCGUUUCAGAGAAAAGUUGUUUCUCUGGGUCAUCGAGACAAGCGUGGUGGUGACGAUGUUUAAUGAGAGACGUUUGGGUGUGGUUCACUAGCCAGCAUGAGCGUUGCUUGAAUCGUACUGACAUUAGGCCAGCCAGGGUGCUCUGGUACAUUAGAAUUCUACAGUACAACUUUGGUUACAAAUAAAGUUUCUGUGCAGCAACGUGGAAACUUUUGUGGUCCAUUGGUACGUCCUAUAAUUGAGCUCGCUUUGCCAUGCUUGGCUGCAUAUUAGUCCAAAGCAGCUCAACUUGAGCUGAAGCGUAAUCCGGUCUCUGCUCAGGUCCUGGGCACUGCUGUUGGCUAUUAUUCAAUCCCCAGUAGUUCCGUACUGCUCCAGUGAAGUUAACCGUUCUGGAUAGAAUUCAGUUCGACUUGACAUGGCUAUGCGCUAAUGUUCACUGGUGUACGGCACUGAUUUAGUUGUACAUCGGUGACGUUGCUCUCCAAUGUCAUUCACUGGUGUGACUAUAGCACGGUGAGUGCUUGUGUGGAGGCUUCCCUCGCUUUAUGCGGUAGAUGCUUUCCAAAAAAAGGGGCGCACAAAGCGAACCACCGACCGUGGACCGCAGUCACCCGACCCACAAUGCACCACGUGACAGUCGGUACACACACACACACGAGGUUGUCCCACGUGCGACCACACAUGGGUGAAUUCAAAUCGCCGCACGGCGUCAAUGUGAAGUGGAAAUCGGUCGCAAACAGAACCCGCAAAGAGCGAGGGAAACCUAAACUGCAUGUGGUCCCGACCGCCUUCUGACAUUCAGCAGUGUGAUAUUUAGUUUGGCUUUUUUUUUAAACGUGGAAAUAACAGAGGCAAGCGGGUGUUUUGCAUUCGCUAUGACCGACCUGACAAUAUGCUGGGCUACGUUUUUACUUUACAUAAUUUCUCGGCAAAGGCCCAGCUGAAUUCAACUUGGUGUUAUGUCCAGGUGAGGUUAAAGCGAUUUAAGAACACGUCAUAAUGUGUGAUGUCUUUAUGUGCAAACUCCGACCGAAUUUCCUGAGUGACACACGGUAUGAAGUGAAAUACGGUGGAGCAAACUUGAGCAAGGAACAGCAUUGUAAAAGAAACCUGUUAUCGACAAAUGGCGCAACCUCAGCUGCCGCUACUCUGAAUGCACUGGCAAGUUCUAGUUUUCUGACUUUGUGGGUGCUCUGCGUGUACGUCUCCGUGUCUAUAAUGCGCGUCUCGUUUACCGCCACCUGCUGUGUUAUCGCUCCCUUUUGAUUGAUUUUGCACCUAAAACGGGCUUUGUAAACCGUGGAUUUCAAAUGCGCUCACCCAGCCUCGCCGAACACUGCCGAUGGCUGUGCACGAUCGAUGCCGGUGUCGUCGCCGCUAUGCAACUCUGAGAUGUGCGCUGGGAAGAGGUUGCCAUUGUCUUCGGAACAAAUGCAGGUGCGUGCAAGAAUCGAUCAAGAUUCGGAUGGAAGAUUUGUACUCGUGCAUUGCCGGAUCGAUUAUUUUGCAGUCGCAAAUGUACGUGUAAAGAAAUCUAGAACCACGGUGUAUAUAUCAUAAUUAGGUAAAGUUUUUUUUAUUUACAGCAAACUACUAAAUUAUCGCCAAAGUUAACAGGUGCAAUUUAGUUUCUAUGGUAUUUUUAAGCUGCUGUGCUUCAAAGACCAGAUUCUAUCCAACCCCCUGUCACUUGCAUGUAAGUUCACAAGGUGCACGUGUGCAUUCUCCAUAUCUAUACACGGCACACACAACACAUCCACACGCACGUGCUUGACCAGCAGUCUGCAACUGCAUCCUCUCUCUUGUCAUCACACAACACGAAGCCGUGUACAGCAGUCGGUUCAUCUUCAACAGCAGUGGUUCCCAACCCCGUGUUGGAUCCUGGGAUAGUGGAGAGUUCGCGCAUGAAAUCUGCUGAUUUUGUGAAAUGAUUUUGAAUCGACACGAGUUGCGCCGACUUCCCAUGGCCGCACACCAUGUGACCAUGCAUCACGUGCUCUGCUUUCGCCCCCCACGGCCGUGGAACUCUCCAUCCCUUUGCACAUCCGCAACAUCGGAUGCCUCUCAUCUGUCUCGGCCCGGCUCGUCGAGCAGCCCUGAGCUUGGCUGCGCGCCUCCGAGUUGCUGCCUUGUCUCGGUUCGCGUGAUCUCGUGCUUGGAUGCGUCUCACCCCCAGGCUUUGUCCCCCGUUUCGGUGAUGCCGCCCCAUCGCUUCACGUGUUUGAGCCAUGUGCGUGCGCUUCUUUUUGAGCCCACCUCCCCCGUGCCAGAAGUAUAGCUGAUUUGCAACUGACUCACUCACGCACACACCCAAUUAGAACUACUGAUUAUUUCGACUACCUCUUAACACGUGUUUAUGGGACGUGUCAUUGCUUCGGCAAAUCGAGCAAUUUGCGACGUCGCCUUGCGAGUUGGCGUUUCACAGUCGUGGCACGUUCGCCGAGAGCCCCGCGCGGAUACGCCGGUUUGUGAAAGCCACAGCUACUUUGAGUUUCCAUAACGUGGCGUUGUUCAUUGCCCGAACUGUUGGGUAAUCGACACCGCUGUUCUUGGAGCGUUCCACAUGAACGCAAGCCGCACGUGUCCGCGCCCUGUCACGGCGCGUAGGGCGGUGUGAUGUCAGAAUCAGUAUUCGUGCUGGAGGAUUCCUAUGAGCUAUGAAGCUCUUUCACAAGUCGGGUCGAGAACGACAUAAACACGGCGCACAACGCGCCACGUGAGGACGAGGCGUUUGAAGGCUGCUGGACUCCCGUUCUCCGCGUUUGCGGUGCGCUUUUUGUUUUUGCGUUGCUCACGUCCGCGCGGAUCAAGUUGCGUGCCCACAACUUGGGCCGUCGGCAGGACUUACACUUGCAUCCGUUCCCCGUGUGUUGUACAUACUGUUACGGGAAUAGUUUGGAAAUGCAGCGUUGUGUUUUUUCUAACACAUUCAAUGUUUGGAUGAUGAACGGGGCCGCUUGAAGCGAGGUGCGUGGGGAGGGAGGAGAGCAGGAAAUCUGAGUGUUCACAGAUAUUUUUCCGCAGCAGGUUUUAUUUUUUUAUAGCAUGUAGAAUUGGACAUAUAUAGUGAAACAUUUUGUAUGUACUUGAAGUUAACAAGAGGUAUACAAAGGUGCUGUUUGUCACGGUAGUUUUGGGUUGGAUAUUGAAAUAAAAAUUUGAUUGUUAAAGUCCCAUUUACUUCUUCAAACGUGGAAUAUCGAAUCCUCUUUCUAAGCUCAGAAAUGAGGGUGCAAUUAAAGUGUUUCCUUGUCCAUUCGUCAAAUGGCUCUGCUCUUUUCUGCAGUGCCGGUGUGAGCAGCUGCUCCCGUUCAAAGUGAUCUCUUGAGCAUUGAGGCAGCAAUGCUCGUGGCUUGGAGAUGUUGACUACCUCGCCUGGCAUGCAGGAGGUCGUGGGUUUAACCCCGACCCUGACGCCUGCUAUAUGUUUGGAGUUGGCUUGCUCUUCCCGUGCUCGCGUGGAUGUUUUUCCCCUCCACAUUUAAAAUCAACAUCACGCGCGAAGAUAAUUUGGCUGCUAUGAAUGUACACGUGAUAAGCCACUUGGUCGAGUUAUCAUUUUUGGCCAGGCCACCACUGAAAAAGAGAGAUAUAGCUCCGUGGGCCCUUACAUGGUAAAAUAAAACAUAGUUCAUAGUUUAGUUUUCUGUUUAACACGUAGGCUUUCACGACCAAUAUCCAUAAGAGGUUUUUGGGUUAGAUCGCG